GAUAAUUUUAGAUUAUUUAAAGCGUAUAAAGAAGGUCAGUUGGAUUUGAACAUUUUAAGUACACAGGAAGCAAUUUCAGCUGCGACCGCAGCAACAGUUGAUAAUGCUACAAUGUCAUCAACAUUAACAUCAAAAAACGGUCAACAAGAUGAGACUUCUUCAAAUCAAGGUAUGCCGAAAUCUUGGUGUGCGCCUCAGUCAUCAUCCAGUGAAACAAAUCAAUCAGUAUCUCCUAACAAACAGUUUACUUUGGGUUCACUUUUGAAACCUAACUUGAUAAGUGAUAUUGCUAAACCUGUUUGCGAAUCUCAGCUACCAUCUUUAUCACGCGUUCUUGUCUCAUCUGCUAACUCAACAAAAGAAAACAAGAGAAUGCAAACAGGACCAAUCUUAACUUCUGGAAAUGCCAUCCUUGUGAAUCAGCGUCAGAGAGGUAAUCCUGUUUUAAAACAGAUACGUAAUGUCGCCUGGGAGUAUGCAGAUAUUGAUCCGGAUUUUGUUGUAGGAAGAAAUAAUUGUAUAUAUUUUCUAAGCUUACGUUAUCAUAAUUUAAAUCCUGAAUAUAUAUUUGAACGUUUACGUCAAACAAAACAACAUUACCAACUAUCUGUACUUCUUGUUCAAGUGGAUGUACCAGAUCCAUACUAUCCUUUAAAAGAGUUGUGUAAAAUUUGUUGGACUGAAAGACUAACCUUGAUGUUGGCUUGGAAUAUGGAGGAAGCAGCAAGAUAUUUAGAAGCUUAUAAAGCCUUGGAAAACAAACCUCCAGAUAACUUAAUGGUAGAGCCAGCCGCACAAACAGAUCAUAUCACACAAGUUACAGAUUUCUUAACUUCGGUUCGACGUAUCACGAAAGCUGAUGCUGUUUCAGCAAUGAGAAAAUUCGAUACUGUAGCCGACAUAAUACGAGCUGAUCAACCAACUUUGGAGAAGUGCCCUGGUUUUGGUCAGCUUAAAGCCCGUAAACUCACUGAAGUUUUCAGAAUGCCAUUUAUAAAGAAAAAUGAUAUGAAAUAGAGUAAAAAACAUUCUGUACAUAUUUUGCCUAAAUAAAAGUUUCUGUUCUAA